AUGGUGUACCUACAAAAAUGGAGAAAUAGAACUGUUCAUAUUAUUAAAAAGUCAAAAGAGGACUACUAUAAGAACCUCCUGACUGAUAAUGUACAUAAUCCACGACAAUUAUGGAAAAUUCUAAAAGAUAUCUUGCCGACCAAUGACACUGUCUCCCAAAUAACACUUAACAUUAAUGGCAAGGAGAUCAGUGAUCCUAUCGAGGUUGGCGAUCUCUUUAAUGAAUACUUCUUCUCUAUUGCAGACAACUUUGAUAUCAGUUUACUAAACAACCCAAUUAAUACUCAUUUACCAAUUGCAACAAAUCAUAUUAAGUUUACAAUUCCACUGAUAACAAUCGAUGACAUACUAAAUAUUGCAGCCGAAUUAGACCAGAACAAGUCAACCGGUCUUGAUGGUAUUCCUGCCUACUUCAUCAAGUCCUCGAUUCAUUCCAUUGCACCCAUAAUACUUCGCAUUUGUAAUAUGAGCAUUGAAAAUGGCGUCUUUCCCAACAUGUGGAAGAAAGCUAGACUGAUUCCAAUCUAUAAAGCUGAAACACGUACUGAGAGAAACAAUUACAGGCCCAUUUCUAUAUUACCGAUUCCAUCUAAACUCCUCGAACGACAUGUUGCCAACUCAUAUGUAAAAUUCCUCACAGAAAAUAAUAUUCUAUCAAGUUGCCAGCAUGGUUUUCGAGCCCAUCACUCUUGUGAAUCUACUCUAAUAUUGAUCUGUGAACACCUUCUCGAUAACAUUGAGCAAGGUUUAAUUAAUGGUAUAGCUCUAAUUGACCUCUCCAAAGCGUUUGACCUGGUCGAUCAUAGACUGCUACUGCAGAAAUUAGAACAUUAUGGCAUUACUCCAAUAGCUUUAAAAUGGUUUAAAUCGUAUCUAAAUGAUCGUUACCAAGUAGUACAAAUUGCAUCAUCCCUAUCCAACCCAGCUCUGAUAAAGUCUGGUGUGCCUCAAGGAUCUAUACUAGGACCAAUUCUCUUUCUUAUCUUUAUUAACGAUUUACCCAGUUACGUUGGAAGUUCUAAGCCUUUUUUAUUUGCCGAUGACUCUACACUAAUAUCCUCCGGAUCGGACCUUCACGAACUUAGUGUCUCUCUAAAGUCAGAUAUGACCUCAGUGUCCUGUUGGACUAACCAUAACAAAAUGUCUCUUAAUCCUGGCAAGACAAAAAUAAUGAAAAUAUAUUCCCAAUCCAAAUUCCCUGAUCUUAGUCCAAUAACCAUUGAAGUCAAUAACAAUAAUGUUAAGGAGAUUACAUCCGCCAUUUUACUUGGAGUUACAUUAGACCAACAUCUGAAAUGGGAUAGGCAAAUUAAUACCAUCUACAAUAUAAUCAAUUCUAGACUUUACCUGCUCAAACAUAUACGUAGCUAUCUCACUUUUCAAUCCCGUAUUCAAUUAUAUUACGCACUAAUCUACCCACACUUGCUAUAUUGUAGCACAGUCUGGGGCAAUGCUAAUAACGAUCUAAUUACGUGCCUACUAAAACUACAGAAACGUGCAGCGAGACUAAUUCUUGAGCAGUCAACUGAAGUGCCUUCAAUUGUGCUUUUCCGUAAACUCAACUGGAUACCUAUUUUUAAUUUGAUCAAAAUAUUAUUGGUAUUCAAUACUUUAAAAACAUCUUGGCCGCUGGAUCUUCGUAAAUUGUUUGUCUUUGUUCGCGGCUCUCAUCCAAUUCCAACUAGAUCGUCUAUUACAGACUUAAAAGUUCCAUCAGUUAAGACUACGCAAGCAAAAUCCAAAAUUUCUUUCAGUGGUGCAAGUUUAUUUAAUUCUUUACCUUCCGAAUUAAAAGAUAUUGAAAAUCACUCAAUUUAUUCCUAUAAAAAGAAGCUCAAAACCUACUUUAUUCAAUUGAAUUAUGAAGUAGAUCACGUUAAUAAAUUCCUCUGCAUCGAUUGUAAGCAUAUUACUCAUUGUCAAUGUUACUCUCAAUAG